AUGGCGGCUGCCCGAGACCCAGAUGAAAUUCGUCGUUCAACAAGUGGAAAAGAAAAUUUCCAACGCAUUACACGACUUUUAAUAAGUGGAGGGACCAGCCUGCUGAGGGAGAUAUUUGACUCUAUAUGUCUUCCAAGUAAUCUUCCUACGAUUCUUAGCACUCCAGCAAUAAAGAAACGGCUCAAAGCUGCAAAACUCGCCACGCAACAGUGGUACUGUCUUUGUCCCUCCCCAGGGAUGUACGGUAAGUCAGAAGAUUUUGAUAUCACUCUGCUAUUCCGUUUGCUAAGGACAAUAUGUAACCUCACCCCUCCCUCCACGGGAUGGGAUGCACCACCAGUCACUACAGAUCACAGUUUAACAGCUGAUUUAGCAAGAAUAAGGUAUUACCGAAACUCAGUCUAUGGUCACGUGAACCAAGGCAUGACAAUUACAGAUGAUGAGUUUCCAACACUUUGGCAGGAAAUCAGUGAAGCUCUUGUGAGGAUGGCUGGGCAGAUCAGUUCUACAAGGAAAACUGCAUGGCAGGGAGCCAUUGCUAAAUAUUUAACAGAUCCUCUUACAACUGAAGAUGAACGAAAUGUGCAAGAACUUAAGGCUUGGUACAUAAGUGAUAUGGAGACCAAGAAAUCCAUAGAGGAAGUCACUGUACGGAUAAAUCGUUUGGAGGUAGGGUUGAAAGUAAGAAAAACAAAACCAAAGCAAAACUUGUCAUCAUCCAUCGUAGAGAGGACAUUUUAACUUCCAGUUCAACACAAAUUUAUACUUUUUGACAUCUAGCAGAUAGUUAAAUUCUACUGCCUUUACUGAGCCCAGCAAGACCUCAAUAUGGUAAUCUUAAAAGGAGGAAUAUAAUUGUUUGAAUCAAGUAAGGUUUGUGAAAGUUUUGAGUAAGUGCGAAAAUAUUGAAAUGAGUUUAUCCUUGAUAUGCAAUAUGGUGAGAUUUCAUUUACCAGACGGUGAGUACUGAAGUGUAAUAAUGGGCAAACAUGUAUAUAACAAUUCGUUACCUUCCCUUCGUUAAAAACACUUCAGCCCGAGUAAAAUCGCCGACUGCCCGGUUAGCUCAAUUGGAUAAUCGAGGAUAAGCGCCGCGCUGACGAGCGGGAAGCCGUUGGUUCAAACCCUGGCCUGACCAAUGCAACAUUCAGGGUCUUUAAAUAACUGAGGAGAAAGUGCUGCCUUUGUAAAGACAUCUGCAAACAGUUAAACUUUCUAGUUUUCUCGGAUAAGGACAAUUAACCCAAAACCCUUGCACAUAUAUAUUAUGUGGGAUGAUAAAGAACCAACAGACUGUUCGUGAAGAGUAGGUGACGUAGUCCCUAGGUGACAUAGUCCUCAGGCCCUCCCCCUCAUUGGGGGAGGUUCUGUUACGGGCCCGCAUGGAGGCGCCACGCGCUGUUUCAGUGACCCUGCUAAGAAUCUGACGAAACUAAGUAAAUAAAUAAAUCACGCUGGAAAAUGGAGCCGAUAAUAACACCAGCUCAAACACGUAAACCAUUUUUAGUAAAUUUUCAAAGUUCAGUAAAUUAACAUAGCCGGAUAUUGGUAAUACUUUAACUAGCCUCCCAUGGAGACCUUUUCAGGGCUUUGUCACGCGUUCCUUCCUUCGUUGGGGAGGAUUGCGUUACGAGCCAAAAGAUUUUCUACAUGGGAGGCUGUGCUUUAACCUUUCAACGAUAAAAAUUAUUUUUAGUGUAGUUUGUUUAGGUUUUUGCAAAUUUCUCUCGUUUGACUGCGAUCCCUGCCAAAUGGGAUGGAUUGCAACGGGGCCCAUAGAUCCCAUUUGAGGUAACUCUCUCCCCGCCACGCAUUCCCACAACCCAUUAUAGAUAGACACUACAAAUGAUCGUUGUGUUGUUUGUGCUUUUUUUUCUCCCACAAAUUAAAAUCAGAAGUGCUGUGAUACCGGGGGCAUAAGAGUUUUGGUCCCUAUCCAAGAAAGUUAAUGUGAAAUUCAACUCAGUUAUUUGAAUCGAGCUAAUCAUCAGCUUGCGGCUCUUUAUCCUUUUCCCAGAAAAAUAAUCGCACAUUUCACUUUCAAUUUUACACUCAGGCAGCAGUUCAAGAGGAAUCUGAAAGCAUUACAGAUCUUGAAGCCACUACACUUGAUGGAGCAGACUGCAUAGAGCCACUAGUUCGUCUUGAAGCAAAAGAAAUUAUGGAUCAACUGGGAGAGAUGAAUCAGUCGAUUGACACACUUGCCUCUUCAAGUGCCGCAAAUCAGUCAUCUAGGGGUAAGUUUCUCAAAACGACACUCUUUCGUCCUUUAACGUUUACAAUGCAGUUGUUUUGCUUUACAGUACAGUUGAUUUGCCAUUCCUGGCAAAACAGAAGGUCAUUAAUCCAGGCUCCUGAGUUCACGCAGUUGGUCAAAAAGGAAUUAUUUUUUUUAAUUAUUACAAAAUUAUUAUUACACGGAAAAGAGCCGCAUAUACUGUGUGACAGUCAUAAAAAAAAACAUGAAUUAGGUGAGCAACGUGAAACAAGCUUGCCGCUUAAGAGUCAUUAUAGUUAUUGAAACGUAUUUUAUUUAGUAAAAAUGCGUGACUUAAGUAGAAACAGGAGCGUUAGGGAAUAAAAUUGGAAGAAGCUAAUUGACACAAUAAUUAGAUAUUGUUUUAUUGAGUGGAAUAACGUGAUAUGAGUAGAAAUAUAUUUCGGCAGUUUGAUAAUUUUCUUGGAAGUUAAUAAACGUUAGGCUAUCAGCCAUGACGUUGCAUGAAGCAUAAUUUGCAGAUGUUGUAAUGAAGCCUAGUCGAUUUCUUAAAAUCACUCGUUUGAAAAAAUUUUUUGUAGUAGACAAUUUGCGUUUUUUUAACGUACGAAUUGUAAAAGGGUCAAAGUCCAACAUCCUCACGUGCAAAUUGUGUGCAUGAGUUAUUUUUAUAAUUCUGUUUACUCGAUUACCUUGCGAUAACUCGAAUUCCCUCACGUACGAACAACGAAAGGGGCAAAGUCCAACACUUUCACAUGCAAACUGUGUGAUUCUACAUCUCAUACUGGCUUUUCAUAGUAAUGAUAGUAACUUGAACGUAUGAAGAUAUCUUAAGUUUUGUAACUAGUGCCUAAGCAAAGGCUCAUUUCUUUUAAGAAGCAAUAACUUAUAACACAAGUAGAAUUAAGUCGUCAGGGGUCUAGACUGUUUCAUUAAACUAGAAUCGCACGUGACAACCUCGUGAAUAAUGAUUUAUUUAUUUAUUUAUUUAUUUAUUUAUUAUUUCCACAAUAAAGAUUACACAAGCAUUACAUUAUACAAAGAUGUGGCGAGGGGACCUCAGAAAACCACAAGGCUUGUACGAGGAGGCCCCCUCGUUACAAUAAUAUUAAGCAAUAGAACUAUAACAACACACAACAACGGACAGUACAAGACGCAUUAUCGAUAUAGUAGAAAAUCAAAAACUUUCGUUUUAAACGAUUGCAAUGUAAAAAUCGAAGUGACUGAGUUUGGUAAAGAAUUCCAAAUUUUAGGGCCUUGGAACAAAAUAGAAAAUUGUUUGGUGUUAGUUCGGCAGGCAUGAGAACGGAAAUGCGAGGAACUUCUAGUAUUAUAAUUAUGAAUAUUGCUACUAGUAACAAAAAGGUUCGAAAAAAGCGGUGGCAGUAAUUGAUGAUAAUAUGAAAACAUAAAUUGUGCAGUAUAGAAUGAAUUAAUGUUGUAUAUGUCCAAAAUCUUUAAACGGAAAAAUAAUGGUUUAGAGUGCGCGCGAAAAUCUGCAUUUGUAAUAAUUCGUACUGCUCGCUUUUGUAGAAGAAAAAUUCUAUUAAGGUUUGUUACAUAAGUGGAGGACCAAACAAUAAUGGUCCUAAUAUAGAACCUUGAGGGACUCCACAGCUCAGAGUCAGCCUAAUAGAACAAGUCUCUUUGUACUGGACGAACUGCACGCGAUUUGACAAAUAGCUUUUCAACCAGCUAAGUGCUAGCCCAUGAAUCCCAUAAUGCUCAAGCUUAGACAAGAGUAUUUGAUGGUCUAAAGUAUCAAAUGCUUUUGAUAAGUCUAAGAAUAUGCCAACUGUAUAUUCGCUUCUGUCAAUAGCAGUUGCAAUUUUAUUAAUAAGAUGAAUUAAAGACAGCGCUGUAGAAUAUUUUUUACGAAAUCCAAAUUGGCAACAAUAUAAGAUAUCUAAACGAUCUAAAAAAUUUGUAAUACGAUUGUGCAUAACUCUUUCAAAGAAUUUAGAAAAAUUAGAAAGAAGCGAAAUUGGACGGUAGUUAGUGAAAUACUGGGAAUCACCAGCUUUAAAUACCGGAAUCAGUUUAGCAAUUUUCAGUUCAUCAGGAAAUACUCCUUUAAUAAGAGACAAAUUGAUUACAUUGGCCAAAGGCUGAGAAAUGAGAUCAAAAGUGCUUUUUAUUAUAUCCAUUGAAACGUUAUCAUAUCCAGGCGACUUUCCAGAUUUAAAAGAGUUGCAUAUUUGAUUUAAUUCCGAAAUAUUAGUUGGAUUUAAGAUAAGCGACUCAUUAACAGAAACGCCAAGAAAACUACGAAAAGAUACUUGUGUGUCUGGAAUUUUCCUUGCUAAAUUCGGACCUAUGUUGGUGAAGAACUUACAAAAGCAGUUAGCUAUUUCUUGUGGAUCAUUUAACAGUUUUCCAUCAGAGAAAAAGGAAUUUGGCAGAGCUGCUUUUCUGCUCGGUUUGUUGAUUACAUCAUUGAUUAGUUUUCAAGUUUCUUUCAGGUUAUUUUUAGCCUUCUCAAAUUUUGUAUCAUAGUACUUUCGUUUAGCAAUUUUUAUAAGAUGAUUCAGUUUGUUCCGAUAGCGUUUGUAUUUUAACUCAGUAGUUGAGUCCCUAGAAUUAAUGAACUGCUUAUAGAGUUUAUCUUUUUUUCCUGAUAGAAACAAGCAGAGAUUGCGUUAUCCAAGGGGAGCGCAUUACUUUCUUUGUUUUAAGUUUUAUCGUUUUUAAUGGAAAGCUUUCAUUGUAUAAUCGAACAUACUCACUCACAAAACUAUUAUAACAUUCAUUAGUAUCGCUUUCAUCGAAACGUAAAUUCAAUUAACACGAGAAAGAGAGAGCCGAAAAUUGCUCUUAUUUCUUUCUGAAAAAUCUCUUUUAGUGAGAUAUUUAGUUUGGCUAUUUUUUUCGACGCUAUUUCUGUCUCAUCCACUUCAUAAACAAAAACCGGUAGAUGGUCAGAAAUAUCAUUAAUAACAAUACCAUUGAAAUGUUUACACCUUACAUUAUUCGUGAAUAUAUUAUCAAUAAGUGUGGCCGAAUGAGCAGUGAUCCGAGUCGGUCUAUUGAUUAGAGGAAUGAACAUAUGGGAAAAUAGACUAUCAACAAAUUCUUGAGUAGGGGCAUGAUCGGAAUAAUGAAACAGAUCUAUAUUGUAGUCUCCACCCAAAUAACAAUAUUUGUCAUUUCUAGUUAUUUUAGCAAGAAUCUCAUUAAAUUUUUCCAAAAAGUCCCGAGUGUUAUAAUUAGGCGGACGAUAAACAGUACCAACUAUAAUAUUUUUCCCAUUGGGAAUGUUAAUUUCAACAAAAAGAGUUUCGAUCACUUCAGGUUCAGAAUAAUUACAAUCGCGGCAUAAUUUGUAUUCUAAAUCGUCAAGUAAAUAAAGACCUGCUCCACCGGCGGACUUGCUAUCGCGGUGGUUCGAAAUAAAUUUAUAUCCAGGUAUUUCCACCUGGUCCGACGUAAGCUCAGUUAGCCAGGUUUCCGAUACGCAUAUGGCAGAAAAUGGAUUUUGCAAAUGACUAAGCAGGAAUUUAAAUUUAUCUAAAUGACCGAGUAGGCUUCGUGUAUUAAUAUGAAAUACAGAGAAGCAAGGAGAAUUUGAACUGUUAGUUAGCUUAGCAUUAAUUUCAUCCUCAGUAUAAUAAUUACUAGGAGGAGGAGAAAAAGUAAACUGUCGAUCUGGAUCUAACUCAUUAAAGAAAAACUGAUUAGAGACAGACGAAUUAUCAAUUGGGUUGUACAAAAGAGAGCUUAAUCGUUCGCUAUCAUAAUGUAGAGGCCCAUGUGUCAUUUCAUAUAAAGCAAUAUUAAAAUCGUUAUUGCCUAAAUGAGAAAAAGGGAGCUCAGGCUCAGGGAGCUCAGAGUCAGAAGCCAUUUGGCUUCACUGGCUAAUAAUUAACUGUCAAUGUAUAUAGCCCGAUACUUAGCUUUGUCUUGAGUUCUUGAACUCCUCAAAAUUUGCCAUAGACAUAAAAGAAUAGACUUGGGAUGCUGGGUUAUGAUGAUGCAACCAUCUACAACAAUGAUGAAAAUUGUGACAUUUCUUCGACGAGCUUCAUUAUUUUAUGAAACCAUCAAGAAACCUUGAAAUCUUCGAGUCUUCCCUCUAUUAAAGCAACGUUUUUUGAAUUGAUGUUCAUAGUAGUUGAUUUUCAUAGUACUUUAACAAUUUGUUUAUUUUACACCAGAUGUCUGAAGAAAAGAGAGAAGAGUGAAUCUAUAUUAUGAGGAUCGAACCAGUUAUGCGCAGCGGUUCUCAUUUUCAUUAAUUUGCAGCUAUACCUAAUUUCGCACAAAACAUAACCCUAAUCUAGUCUAGGAUUAAAAGAGUAGAUUGCCGAUACUGUUACACUGAAGCAUUCAAAAAAGCUCAUGCACGUAAAACGUGCCUAUGUUCAUGAGAAAAGUAAAUGAACGUAAAAGUUCGUAAAAAUGGAAAAAUAGGAUAACCUAACAAAUUCGUGGUCACUCAUUGGUCAACGGCUCUUUUUUUUUUGAGUUAAAAGACAAAGAAAUGGCCUUUAUUUUGUCAAUACAUGCUCAAUUCUGAUUAUUAAUUAGUCAUUCCUCUAAAGGAUCUGUAAGGAAAUCGAUUAUAAUUUUCCACCGUCUAUCAUUUUAAAAAACGAUUCAACAAUAAAGAAAGUUCAAUACCUUUUACAGUUAAACCAUCUGCGUACGUCCUAUAAUUCCACCUGAGGUGUAAAAUUUCAAAUGUAUACAUAAGAAGGGCGCGUUCGUGUUGAUGUUAUUCAAAGCGUGCGCUCGAUUGCAAACCAAAACAAAACAUUACAACAUGAUUUUUAACUUGUAAUUUAUAUUAUCACAAUAAUUAAGCUCUCUUUUAGAAUAAAGAAAGGUUUUUGUUUUUUGGUAGACAAUUCAAAAUCUGAGUGUCAAACAAGGAUAAAAGAAUUGACGAACUUAAAAGCCACAGGAAAGAAAAUACAUCAAAGAUUUUCUUCGGCUGAACAUUUACUUGUAAGAUUAAUUCAAUCGAGCGAGAUUAAAACUGCACAGAGGUUUUAUAAAAAGAGCUAAUUACGCAUACCAAUCUUAGGGUUUUGAAGUGAAUUCGAAUAACAAAAAAGAAGGCGAUAUGGGUAACUAAACAAUAAUAUAAACAAAGAAAUAAAAACGGUGAUAACCGACUGCUGGGAAAUUUGUUCGUGUUGUUUAUUCAAGAUUGAAAGCUACAUGCAAUCGUUGACAACAACCUUUUCUGAAAAGUAGAAACCUAGCGAGGCAAAAUUCAAUGAAAAACGGCAGAAUCUAGAUUUAAACAGCAAAAAUGGAAAACAAACCUACAAACAGAGGAAAAAUGUCGAAUAAACGGUGCAUGAGAGCAAGAUUGCAGUACUUACAGCGUAGGUUAUAAAACUAGUGAAGCGACAUCACGAACCGCCUGUUGUGCUUUACUUAAGCGGAUUUCCUGGCUGACUUGCUUGAUUCUCCCUUCAGAUGUUUUGUCUGAAUAACAAAAUUUACUUUUCCCUAGCUAACGCUAAUAAUAGCGCAAGUUUUAAAAGAAAAAUGGUUCUGAAUCACCGGUUUUGCUCAUUCACAACAACAAACAAACUUGCAGGAUUUGGAGCAUUCUGCCCGCUCGCAAGCUUAGAAAAAAAUAAAAAUUAUUAUUCUCUGGCAGUCUAUACCAAGGCUCCAGUCGUGAUCCCAAAUGUAAUAAUAAUACGUCAUGUUCAUGUCUGGAUAUAAACGCAGUCUCUUUCUAAAUUGGUGGAAAAACUCAAAAGUGAACUUUCAUUUGAUUUCUUCCAGUGCCUUUAGCAAGACCAGGAACAAAAAGGACAAGGGAUGUUCAAGUACUUUCAGGUGGAUACUUGCCCCUAUAUGGUUGCAUGCAAAUCUUUGUGAAAACACUGACUGGAAAAACAAUCACUUUAGAAACUGAACCAAGUGAUAGUAUUAAAACCGUGAAGAAUAAAAUCCAUCGCAAAGAGGGAAUUCCUUCAGACCAACAACGACUCCUUUUUAGCAGCAAGGUUUUGGAAGAUGACUACACUUUGAGUCACUACAACAUCGGUAUGGAAUCAACAUUGCAUUUAGUUAUAAGACUUCGCAGUGACACUAUGCGAAUUUAUGUGGAAACACUGACUGGAAAAACAAUUUCUUUAGAAACUGUACCAAGUGAUACUAUUGAAAUCGUGAAGAACAUAAUCCAGGACAAAGAGGGAAUACUUCCCGACGAUCAAGGUCUCUAUUUUGCCGGCAAGCUGUUGGAAGAUGGCCACACCUUGAGUGACUACAACCUCCAGAAGGAAUUCCCAUUGAAAUUAAUUCUAAUACAACCUGUUGACCCUAUGACAAUCUUCGUGAAAACAAAGACUGGAAGAACAAUUAAGUUAGAAACUGACCCAAGGGAUACUAUUGAAACCGUGAAGACUAAAAUCCAGGACAAAGAGGGAAUUCCUCCAGAGAAUCAAAGUCUCUAUUUUGCCGACAAGUCGUUGGAAGAUGGCCAGACUUUGAGUGACUACAUGAUCGGUAUGGCAUCAACAUUGUAUUUAGUUCUAAAAUUCAGUCGCGGUGCCACCAUGCUAAUUUUUGUGAGAACACUUGCUGGAAAAAAAAUUGCUUUAGAAACUCACGAACAUGAUAGUAUUGAAAUUGUAAAGACUAAAAUCCAGGACAAAGAGGGAAUCCCUUCAAACCAACAGUGUCUCUAUUUUGCCGGCAAGAAAUUGAAAGAUGGCUACGUUUGUGACUACGGCAUCUAUAUGGGAUCAACAAUGCAUUUAGUUGUAAGCAUGAGACAGGAGUACCACACGAGAGUGCAUUUUUUUGUGCAAAUACCUCCUGGAAGGACGAUCACUUUAGACCUUAACUCAAAGCAUUCAAUCAAAACCGUAAAAUGGCUAAUUCAGGUCAAAGAAGGAAUUCCGUGUGAUCAACAGUGUCUUAUGUUUGCCGGCACCGAACUUGAAGAUAGCGGCACCCUAAAUGAUUACGGCAUUCUUAAAGAAUCAACUCUGCACUUGAUUCCAAAAAUG